AUGGACUCCAAGACCGGCCCAGUUGCGGCUCAAACCCCGCACCGAAGAGAUUCCAACAUCUCCGCAACCAAGAUUGCAACCAAGAUCGCAAAGAAGGACUUCAUCAAAAAAUGGCUUCACACCACUCCCCGCAAAGUGAUCAGCGUCCCCGCAAAACCAAAGUUCACCUUAGAGAAGCCAGAUUUCACCCCAGGCGACUUCAUGAAGCACAUGUGUGUGGACUUUACCGCCAUGAUUCAAGAAGCGAUCAAGAAUAGCCCGUCUAACAAACAAUCAACGAGAGGCGUCUGCAAGGAAAUUAUGCGCACCAACGCCUGGUACCGCACCCACCAAAACUCGGGCUGGCAGGAAAUUGUCGCUCAAGAGCUUGCGAAUAAUCCUAUCUUCCACCCUCUGAUCGAGUGUCACAAUGGGAAAAUUAGCAGGACGAGGAGUGUGAAGUGGUCGUUGAGCUUUGCCGCGUACCCCAGCACCACGCACACCGGUACCGCGGAAAGCACUUCAUCAGACACAAACACAGAUUGCGGAUGGAACGUCCAAGAGCUAUCGGACACGAGCACUGCGGUGGAUUCUAGCACAGAAAGUGCACACCGACUGCCACAGCGAAGUUUUACUGAGGCAUCAUGCACCACCACCACCAGCACCACCAGCAGUGGGAGGACAAAACACGAAAUACAAUUGCCUCCUGACUACCUUGCCGAGCUUCCCGCAUCUGGCAUGAAUGCUGAAUUACCGGAAAGUUGUGUCACGAAGCCGAAGUACGAUCCUUCGGAGAGUACAUACUCCAUAUCUCGCGCAAGCACCUUUGAGACUCAUGAUGGCGAGAGGUUUCCAGAGAGACCUUUUUCGAUGUCCGAAAUGACCCUGGUCUCUCCUAUAUCUCCGCAAUCGCCUACCCGAUUUUCACCCAGCCCAUUUUCAGCAUUUCCUCUGCACUCGCCAUCUGAAUACUCAUACUAUGACAAUAACAUCAACACCCCUCCCCCGCAAUACGUGGAUGUCUCGCGCAAGCGGGAUGAAUCAUUCCACCUGGAAUUAGAAGAUGAUGCGCCUCACAUUGAUAGGAGAGUGUCGUUCAAUAUGCCAUUGAGCACUUCUCGGCCACCAAGGCGCAUGACGGCAAGCCCAAUUUCCAGCAUCACCGAGGUACAGGAGAGUUCCAACUGGCCUCCGGUCAAAACCCAAGUGUCAUCAUUCACGCUUCCUUCGACUGUCUCGGAGUGGCCUCUUCCCAGUUCCGGCCAGGAUUCCAGCAGCUACACGUGUCCUCUCAAGCGCGGCACUUAUGUGAGGAGGUCAAAAGAGCCUGUCCAGUUACAGCAGAGAGAGGAAAUUGGUCGUUGGAUUGAGGAAAUACCCUCCCACAACCAAACACGGCCGACCCCACAAGACUCCUCUUCAUCCCAUUUAAUACGAUACCAACUUUACGAUACUCCGAUGGAGGAUGCGGAGGACGAAGAGGUGAACAAUAAUGGAUCAUCAUCUACGAACAAUGGUGGAAGUGUCCCCUCGGGCACGGGCGACUCCAAUGGCUCUGGGGAACAAACGCCGCCCAUGAAGGGUGGGCGAUCUCCACCACAGGAUAAUAGGGGAAGUGGACGCGACGAUGACGGCAAUCAAGAUCGAAAGAGGAAGCGGCUUCAUUCCCCAGACAGAGAUGAAAGACGCAGGUUCGCAUGUGUGUACCACAAGUUCGACCCUAACAAAUAUGGGGUCAAGAACCGAAAAUAUCUGGUCUGUGCGGGUGGUGGGUUCAAAUAUACAUCUGAGCUUGUCCGUCACCUCACUCGAGUCCACAAUGAACAUCUCUGUGGAGUUUGCCUUGAACAAUUUCCCGACGAUGAACAGCGUCAAAGGCAUUCUGCCGAGCAGUGUACUGCUCGGCUCCGGUACUCCCAAGAAGAACGUUGGCAAUUCCUCUACCGCGCCCGGUUCCCUGAUUCUCCAAUUCCGGACAACCCAUACCAAUCGGGCCCACUGAGAACGCCUCCUCCAAGAAUAAACACCAAUGUCGGACCAGCAAUAACCAACACAGAUCCGAGCUCGAACGAAUUUUCUUCAAAUCCUUCCAGUUUCAGCGAAACAUCAUCCCCAAAGUUAUUGGAGUGUCUCAUUCGCGUCCAAAGCCUUGAAAAACGUCUACCCGCCAUCGAAGAUCGGAUCUUCCAACUAGGCAUGAAGCUGGAUCCUACGAUGCUCAACACAGCUACCAGAACACACAGCCAGUCAUCACAAAUUUGUCCAACAAUCUCGCCAUCUUCAAAGUCCGCCGCGGAUGAACCCUUCUUUUCAUCUCAGGGUGGUACUGAAACAACUGUCUCGAGCUCGAAACCGUCUCCAUCUUCGGAUGCAACCUUUAACUGGCAAACUAUUCAGCCAUCAAUAAUUGAUCUGAGUCAACUAUUACGAGAUACGGAUGUAAUUAUGGACGACAGCAGGCUUUUGACCGAAUUCGCAGAUGGGACGAAUGCUCCUGUUACUGCGCUUAAUCCCUUUUCGACUAUAUGGAGCAGUGAUGGGGAGAGAGAUUCGUUUGGGAAAGGAAGUAGUCAGCAGACGGAUCCACCCUCAACAAAUUUGCCAGAUCUCGCGUGGGGGGACGGUGUCACGUUCCCAGGACAAAGUUUUAAUUGA